GGACCUGGACCUUCCCCUUGAGGUCUCCGGGGCCGGCGCGCCCCUCAGCCCGCCUCCCGCUUUCGGUCUGUCAGCGGGCGGUAGACCUCAGGCACCAGCGCGGCCGCUCUGUGAGGCUGGGCCCUCCUGCGACGCUCGCAGCUUCUGGCGCUUACAGGUUUCCAGGCCAGGGCAAUGUUCCGCACCGCAGUGAUGAUGGCGGCCAGCCUGGCGCUGACAGGAGCAGUGGUGGCUCACGCCUACUACCUCAAGCACCAGUUCUACCCCACUGUGGUGUACUUGACCAAGUCCAGCCCCAGCAUGGCAGUCCUGUACAUCCAGGCCUUCGUUCUUGUCUUCCUCUUGGGCAAGGUGAUGGGCAAAGUGUUCUUUGGACAACUGAGGGCAGCAGAAAUGGAGCACCUUCUGGAACGUUCCUGGUAUGCAGUCACUGAGACUUGUCUGGCCUUCACUGUCUUUCGGGAUGACUUCAGCCCCCGCUUUGUUGCGCUCUUCACUCUCCUUCUCUUCCUCAAGUGUUUUCACUGGCUGGCUGAGGACCGUGUGGAUUUUAUGGAACGCAGCCCCAAUAUCUCCUGGCUCUUUCACUGCCGCAUUGUCUCCCUUAUGUUCCUCCUGGGUAUCCUGGACUUCCUCUUCGUCAGCCAUGCCUAUCACAGCAUCCUGACCCGUGGGGCCUCUGUGCAGCUGGUGUUUGGCUUUGAGUACGCCAUCCUGAUGACUAUGGUGCUCACCAUCUUCAUCAAGUACGUGCUGCACUCCGUGGACCUCCAGAGCGAAAACCCUUGGGACAAUAAGGCUGUGUACAUGCUCUACACAGAACUGUUUACAGGGUUCAUCAAGGUUCUGCUAUACAUGGCUUUCAUGACCAUUAUGAUCAAGGUGCAUACCUUCCCUCUGUUUGCCAUCCGGCCUAUGUACCUGGCCAUGAGGCAGUUCAAGAAAGCUGUGACAGACGCCAUCAUGUCUCGCCGAGCUAUCCGCAACAUGAACACAUUGUACCCAGAUGCCACCCCAGAGGAACUCCAGGCAAUGGAUAAUGUAUGUAUCAUUUGUCGAGAAGAGAUGGUGACUGGUGCCAAGAGACUGCCCUGCAACCACAUUUUCCAUACCAGCUGCCUGCGCUCCUGGUUCCAGCGGCAGCAGACCUGCCCUACCUGCCGUAUGGAUGUUCUUCGUGCAUCACUGCCAACUCAGUCACCACCACCCCCUGAACCUGCGGAUCAGGGGCCACCACCUGCCCCCCACCCCCCACCACUCCUGCCGCAGCCCCCCAACUUCCCCCAGGGCCUCCUGCCUCCCUUUCCUCCAGGCAUGUUCCCGCUGUGGCCCCCCAUGGGCCCCUUUCCACCUGUCCCACCUCCCCCCAGCUCAGGAGAGGCUGCAGCCCCUCCAUCCACCAGUGCAGCAGCCCUUUCUCGGCCCAGUGGAGCAGCCACAACCACAGCUGCUUCUGCUGCCUCUGCCACAGCACCUGGCUCUGCCCCCACCUCCGAGGCUGCCCCCACUCCAGGGUUCCCCUUCCCCCCUCCCUGGAUGGGCAUGCCACUGCCACCACCGUUUGCCUUCCCCCCAAUGCCUGUGCCCCCUGCUGGCUUUGCUGGGCUGACCCCAGAGGAGCUUCGGGCUUUGGAAGGCCAUGAGCGGCAGCACCUGGAGGCUCGGCUGCAAAGCCUGCGCAACAUCCACACGCUGCUGGACGCUGCCAUGCUGCAGAUCAACCAGUACCUCACUGUGCUCGCCUCCUUGGGGCCCCCCCGGCCUGCCACCUCAGUCAACCCCACUGAGGAGACUACCCCUACAGUUGUCGCCGCUGCCUCCUCCACCAGCACCCCCAGCUCUGACGCCACUACCCCAUCCCCAGGAGCUUCCCCACCAGCCCCAGAACCUGAAAAGCCUCCAGGUAGUUGUGGUCAGCCUACGGGUGUGAGUGUGAGAGUGAGGCAGAGGACUUCUCUGUGUUCCACUUCUGAUUUCUCUCUGUCCCCAGCGCCUGAGUCAGUGGGCACCGAGGAGCUGCCUGAGGAUGGGGAGCCUGAUGCAGCAGAGCUCCGCCGCCGCCGCCUGCAAAAGUUGGAGUCCCCUGUUGCCCACUGACACUGCCCUAGUCCUGGCCCCUGCUCCCACUCUCUUGAGCAGCCCUUGCUGGAACAUGUCCUGCCACCAAGUGCCAGCUCCCUCUCUAUCUGUACCAGGGAGUAGUAACCCCCCACAUCUGGGACAGAGGAGGUGGCAUCCCCUAGGCCAAGUGGAAAAAGGCCUAAGGCCCCAGUUGACUCUAGCCCUUACAGUCCUAGGCAGUCAUGGGGAUCUUGAGUCAGUUCCAGCCUUCUUCUCCAACUUUUCAGCCCUGUGUUCUGCUGGGGCCAUGAAGGCAGAACAGCACAGCCUCUGAGAAGCUUCUAUCCCUCCACUCCUUUCUUGGAGAAGGGGCAACCCUUCCGAGCCCCACUUGUGUGUGUGGAGUCACGCUGCAGUACCAAACAGUAUUAGCUCCCAUUCCUAAGUGUGGACUCAAGGGGCUGGGGACAGACCCGGAACUUGCUCCCUGGCCCACCAACCAAGACUGGUAUCAAUAUCCUUUUCUUACCCUAAACUCCCCAGAAGCCCUUUGUGGUGGUGGCUGUGUCCCUUAUGCCCUGUGACAUUUCCAGUGUCUUACUGGCAACCACACAACUCAGGGAAAGGAGUGCCUGGGGGCGGAGAAGCAGGAGGGCAGCACUGAGGGACACUGCCCAAAAAGGCCUCUGUCUCCCUGUAGCGUGUCUAAAGCGACACUGUCCCUGGCCACACCCAGCAGCCACUGCCCAGCCUCACUCCAGGCUGAGGGCUUGUGUGUCUGCUUUGGAACCACUGCAAGCCCCAGAAUCUACGGAAGGCCACUUCUCAACUUAUAGAAUUUUUCUCAAGUUUAGAAGAAUUGGAAUUACUUCCUUGCUAUUUUCUUUGGCUUAAAUUUGUCUUUGAAUUUGAAUGCUUGACCCCAGGAAAGAGAAGCAGGAAUGCAAGUCUCCUAGUCUUUCCAGUUUAGAAAAGCCUGGGCCAGGUAGGGAACAUAGGAGCCAAGGCCUGCCUGUCCCUGACUUUUCCCCCUUGGUUUUGUGUUACGUGAGUUGCUGGAGUUUCAGAUGAUUAUUUAAUUUGUAAAUAUUGUACAAAUUUUAAUAGCUUAAAUUGUAUAUACAGCCAAAUAAAAACUUGCAUUAACAA